AAUUUUCGAAAGGAUAUUCUGGUUGGAGCUCCUUUAUCUUUGUAUCUACUCUACUGUUUUCACUGUUCCUCCUUCGUUUCAUUAUCAUAGCUGAGAAGGAGGAGGAGAAAGGUCCAUUUAAGUGAGAGAAAACAGAAAAAUGGGUGUUCUGGAUCAUGUUUCUGAUCUGUUUGACUGUUCUCAUGGCAGUCCCAAGAAGAAACGUAAGCAGAUGCAGACGGUGGAGAUCAAGGUGAAAAUGGACUGCGAAGGAUGCGAGCGCAAAGUGAAGAAAUCAGUGGAAGGGAUGAAAGGGGUGACGCAGGUGGACGUGGAUCGCAAGGCAAGCAAGCUGACGGUGGCCGGAUACGUGGACCCGGCGAAGGUCGUCGCUCGAGUGGCGCACCGGACGGGGAAGAAGGUGGAGAUCUGGCCGUACGUGCCGUACGACGUGGUGGCUCACCCUUACGCCCAAGGGGUUUACGAUAAGAAGGCGCCGGCGGGGUACGUGCGCAACGCCCAGGACUCGCAGGGGACGUAUCUCGCACGAGCUACCUCCACCGAAGUUAGAUACACCACAGCUUUUAGCGACGAAAACACUAAUGCUUGUACUGUUAUGUGAUUGAUUCGAUUGUGUGGCAGUAGGGAAUUUAUUUGUGUGUUGAAAAUUUGUGUUAGUUUGAGGAUUUUGUUGUACAUUUGUUAUGUUGGAUCUGACCUAUGUUUUUAUUGCUGUAUUUGGGA